AAACAAAUAAAGUUACAUUAACUGUUAUGUAUUGUAGUUUCAGUUGAAAUAAAUUUCAUCAUGUCACUAGUUUAUAAAUUUUCUGACAAAGAAAAUGGUGCACUGGAUCAAAUAUUGGAUAGAGACGAAUUAGAAACAUUUGAAAUUAAUAAAAAACGACUGAAGAAACUUUACCAAACAGAAAACAGUUAUAUGAGGUCUUUCUUAUGGGAGAAUAAAAGAAGAGAUUUUCCUCUAAAGCAUUAUUACGUUAAUUUAAAACUGCAGGAAACAGAUAAUUUUGGUGUUAGUCCAAUUGGUGACAUUCUUGAUAUCAGGGAUAUAUUUAGAAAAGUGGAUAAUGGACAUACGAACAUUCUUGUAUGUGGGGAUCCUGGUUCUGGCAAAACUACAUUGUGCAAGAAGAUUGCGUACGAUUGGGCUGUCGAUGAUCCCUCAAACAAUUACAUAAAUCAUUUCGACUUUGUUGCAGUCUUAACAUUAACGGAACUUGAAAGUGAUAAGAAAUUGGAAGAUGCUGUUCUAAAAGAUAUGUUUGAAACUUCACAACCAGAAAUAAAGAAAAAAAUACGGAGAGCAAAUUUAAAUGUCUUAAUUAUUUUAGAUGAAUACGAUGAAGAUGUAAAUAGUUUUGAUAGAACCAAAAAUUUUUUAAGAAAGGGUUCCUUUGGUAUUUUUCGAAAGUUAACAAUUAUAGUGACGAGUCGUCCUCACACAGCAGAAAAAGUAAGAGAAUACAUGAAUUUUCGAUUUCAUCUUCAAGAAUUUUCACCCGAACAGCAGGAAGAAUACGCGAAGUUGGUGUUCAAACAAAAUGUUGAUAAAACACAAACAUUCCUUAAAAUAUUAGAAAAAGAAUUUUAUUUUACUUUGUCUAAAAUUCCAUUAUUCUUGCACAUGCUUUGUUGUUUUCAUAGCACUAAUCGAUUAGAAAAUAUACAAAGAAAGACAGAUUUGUAUAUUUAUAUAAUGCAAUUGAUUACAAAUAGAUCAAAGAGAAAACUCGAAAUAAAUUUCAAUGUGCCGAUAGGAAAGUAUUUUGCUUUGGAAGAUAUUUUAGUUAGGUUAGGAAAGUCAAUUUACGAAAAAAAUACCAAUGAAAAAGUUCUAUUAUAUCCCUUCGAUACGAAACAAAAACUUACAACCGACGAAUUAAAUGAAUGUGUCGGUGAUAGUAAUAAGACUUUUUGUAAUGGUUUGGAUUUUCUUUCUCACUGCUUUGACAUUGACAAUAAUCCUUACUUUAAUUGCGUGCACGAGUCCAUUGAAGAAUUUUUCGUUGCCCUGUAUUUGUAUAAGAACCCUGAAGUACCUUUUUUGAAUGUUACUAGCGAUUCUACUAUACCACAUGAUAUAGAGUUUACAACUUAUCAUAAUUUUAUUAUGUUUUAUUUUGGUUUAUUUAAAGAGGAAAAUAUUCCAAAAACUUGCUUCAAGAAUUUAGAAAAAAUUGUGUUUCCUUUGCACCUUUCGAUAAGGAUAUACAACGAAAUCGACAAUGAAGAAGACAAAAAAAUAUUUUUGAACACAGUUAAAAAGUACGAAUAUUCUAACAAUUCUGGCUGGAUUCCUUUAGAUUUUUCAGAAAUAUACUUUAUUGUUGACAUUUACGAGUCUACAAACGUUACGUUUGAAAGGCUGAAUGAACUUCACGGUAGAGUUUGGUUUUCCUGUCAAGUGGAAAUAUUUAUAUUUAUGAAAAUAGAGAAAGAGUUUCUUCGACUGAAAGAUAUAAGAGCAUUGAGAAAUGAUUGGAGAAAUGUGGAGAACAUUCGGGAUAUAUUGAUAGAAAACACGUGGAACCAAUUUAAUAUACAUUUAUGUGGAAUAAUUCAGGUUCCUUUUCGUCUUGAAUGUCACAUGAAACAGGGAAGUACAUUCCCUGCAUAUUUACUUAAAACUUUCAAUUGUGUCGAAAAUCUUGCACAAAUAUUAGUUGAUGAUGUAAAUCAAUUAUCUUACGAGUUGGUUAGGUUGAAAUUUACUACAGAAGAUGACACCGAAGACAAUUGUUUAUUUUUAAACAAGGAUCUGUUUGAAAGUAUAGAGCCCUAUAUAAAGUUAUUUCCUAAUUUAUAACUGCAUACAUUGGAAAAUAAUGAUUUUAAAUGAUCCUAAAUGAUCCUUUCAAUGCAAUAACAAAUGCAAGUUGCAUUAUAUAAAUGACCUUUCGGCCAAUAGAAUGUUAUUAAUUGAUAUCCAUUAUAAAAAGAUAAUUGAUGUGAAAAUUUAUUGUGUUCAAACAUAAAAGUCAGCAAUCUUUUACCCAAAUUACAUUUAUAUAUAGGCUACAUUAGUGAUGUAGAUGUCUGGUACGUUCAAAAAUAUUCGGUAUGUUAGUUAAUUGUUAGGAGAUGGCAGGUGUUCAGUAGAAUACUUAUUCAAUGUAAAGAACUACUGUACAUUGACAACUUUAUAAUUAAAAUUAAUAUUUUUAUGCUUAUGUUUUCCUAUAAAGUAUUAAGUUCGGUUAACUCCAGAUAAUUUAAAUGCAAGAAAUCCUUGGUAUAUGUUAAUUAAAUUAACUAUUAAUAAACUACUGUAUCUUUUAA